AUAUAAAGGCGUGUAAUCGUAUGCGGAAAGUACGGUACGUUUACUGCUGUGUUCCGAGAAAGAAAGACGGCGUUAAAUUGCAUUUUUUCCAUUUUGAUGUUGAUUUUGUUAUAGAAAGGUUAGUAUUAUUAAACAAUCAUGCAGUCUGCAAGGAAGCUGUUUCGACGUGCUAGCAAGCGAAUUCGCCGUGUUUCCAGGACCGUCGAGGAGACAGAAUUGGCCAGGGAAUCCUCCCCGGAAAAUGUGGACCCCAAAGCAGCUGAGGCCUCUAGUUCCAGGGCGGCCACGGCAGAGAGCCCCCUGGGGGCCAGUGAGAUAGCAGCCGCUGCAGCCAAACUGAGUGAUUUGGAUAGCUCCACUGAAGAAAUGCAAGCAAGUGGAAAUGGAAAUGGACAACAGGAUUACAUAGACAAGCUUUUCAUAAAUCAACGCAGGGAGCUGAUGCAUGAGCUACGCCAGAUCCAGGACAGCCAUCGCCCUGUGAGCAAAGGAGACCAGCGAAGAAAUAUUGAUCGCUUCCUUCGACUCCAUCUCAAUGGAGAAGUCUCGGACUCCACCAGCGAGGACUCCAACGAGGGCAACCACCAGUCUCCAAGACGAAGGAGGCGGAAUGGUAUGGUUGUGCAGGAGCUGGAGGGGUUGUCACGGCAACGGUCCGUCACUCAGCGUCUCCAGUGCCCGACGUUCCGUCGUGAUCUGGAGAACAUGGUGCGAGGUGUCGUCGUAAGGCAAGAGAGAGAGGUCGAGGCCGUCCUUAGGUUGCGUGUAGCUGGUCUCCCUGGUAACAGGCCCCUCCCUCUUGCAGGUGAAGCGAGUCGAGUGGAUACCGGAAGCCAUGUCAGUGGGGUAUCAUCAAUCUCUAGUGGCCAUUCUCUCCUUCCAUCAGUGUCUACAUUAGGACUCAAUGCUAUUCCGGUUGCACCACCCCUACCUCCAUUCCCUAACCAGCAACACCUUCCUCCCCCACCCCCACCCGCAUUCCAGCAACCCCAGCAACGCCUACCACAAGUUGCACCUGUUCAACCACCUCCACCACCACCACCACAGCCCCAGCAAGCCAACAGAUGGCCACUGCCUACAGCACCAUGGCUGGUCCAGAACAGUCUGAAUGGGAACCAGGGUCCUGCUGACCGAGCCCAGGUCCUACAGCAGGUCCAUAGGGAAGCUGUGGUCUCUGAGAUCAGUGAGUUAGUCCAUCGUCAGCUGGUCCAUGAGACACUGGAGAGUGACUUCAGAGGACGCCUAGAGUUCUUGAUGAUGAAUCGUUUAGAGACUAUCGGACCCGAGAGCGGUGAGCGGGUCAUGAACUUUAUCAACACGAUCCCUCAGAGCCAGCACAUCCGUCGCAAUGAUUUCUCUCAUCUCGGUAUCCAUGUACCGUCUUCACAGCAGGAUGGUGCACAGUCCGGAGCUGUAGGGGGCGCUGCAGUCCCUGCUGCUUUCAUGCAUGAGAUGGAUAGCUUGAAAUCCAAGAUGUCUGAGCUUCAUGAGAUGGUACGGAUGAGUAUGGAGAUGCAGUUAGAUCUUCAACGGGCCAUCAGGCAGGAGGUAGCCGCUGCUCUUCAUCAGCAGAAUGGUACUACUGCUUCUCCUGCUGCUCCUCUCUCAGAUCCAGCUUCCGAGGGUAACUGUAUCAUCUGCCUAGACAAAGAGGUGGAUUCAGUCCUUUACCAGUGUGGUCACAUGUGUGUGUGUAUGACCUGUGGUCUGCGUCUCUCCACCAUGGGAUCACACUGCCCUAUGUGCAGGGCACCUAUCAGGGAUGUUAUCAGGGCUUAUCGCUGUCAACGCUCGUAGAGAUCUUCUACUACCAUCCCUUCCAGGACCUUCUGUGCAGGGUCUCCUUGGACCUGAAUGCUUUCACCUGAAGGACUUCAACUGCCAGACCAUACAAGAUCAUCAGAUAUUGAUUCCCCUGAUUCCCUCAUUUAUUAAUCGUUGUCGACUGUCCUAGAGAACUUCCACCAAGAUCCCUUCCAAAACCUGCUCCCACAUGUCCCGGAUAUCAUCAGAGUAAUUGCAGUGACUUGAAGAACUUCUGAUACUUGAUCCUACCAAAUCUUCCUCUGUUGAUCCCUUUGCAUCAUGUACAUUGGAUCCUGCAAGGGAUGCUAAUGCCACCAAUGCAUCCACAGAACUUUACCAUCAUACCUUAUCAGAUCCUUAAUGGUAAUAAUUAUAUUAAUAUUAAUAAUAAUAACAAUGGAGUCUCGCACACGCCUGGCACAUUGCUACUGUUGGCGCUCUUUUGUUAUUACCCUAACUUUAACACAACAAAUAUAUAUAUCAAAUCAAAUUAGAAUGUUUUUUUUGGUGCAUUUUUAACCUAAAAUAUCUUGUGUCACUGUAUCCUCCUUAUAUUUGGAUUUUAUUUAAUGGGCGUCAUUUUGUCAUUAAAGAAAUGAAGAAAUGAAGUGGACACCACUGUAACAUACAGGCUGAUGAGUUUUGCAAUAUUUUGAUAAGGGAUUAAUGAAACGAUGUAAAAAGUGGAAUUAAGUUUGAAUAUAUGCACUUUUAAUAGAUAUGUCAGCCAUAUUUAAAAAAUAACUUGGCCAAAUGCAUUAGAAUUAUUAACAUUUGGUUAU